CAAAACUUCCCUUGUCCUUAUCCUGAAUUUCGGCAUUCUCUGACCAAUACAGUUGCAUAAAAACCUUUCUUCUUCUUCAUACCAUCACUACGUAUCCUUUUAAACUUCUCAUCUUUUCAAGAUCCAGCAAAGAUUUACAAAAUGUCACAACAUCCUCUUGCUAGUUCAUUGCAAGCAUGGAAAGAAUUGGAACAAUUGUAUGCCAGCAAAGGCAAACAGAUCAAUCUGACUAAAGCCUUCAAAGAUGAUCCAAAGCGAUUCGAAACGUAUUCACGUUCGUUCAAUUCUUCAAAAACUGAUGCGUCCUUCUUGACUGAUUUCAGUAAGAAUUUGAUCGAUGAUGAGAUCUAUAAAAAAUUAUUAUCCUUAGCCAAAGAAGCAAAAGUUGAACAACAACGCGAUGACAUGUUUGCCGGCAAGCCGAUCAAUUCAUCAGAAGGCAGAUCUGUUUUACACAUCGCAUUGCGUGACUUACCACAAGAUUUCAAUCCUCCAGUAGAAGGAGUAGAUGAAGUCAAAGGCGAAUUGGAGCAUAUGAAGCAAUUCAGCGAACAAGUUCGUAAUGGUCAAUGGAAGGGCUACACGGGCAAACAGAUUGAUACCAUCGUAAAUAUCGGAAUUGGUGGAUCGGAUUUGGGUCCCGUCAUGGUUUGCGAAGCCUUGAAACCAUAUGCAAAACGUGAUUUGACCGCUCAUUUCGUAUCCAACAUCGAUGGAACACACAUGGCCGAAGCAUUGCGUGCAAGCAAUCCUGAAACAACUCUUUUCAUCGUCGCUUCGAAAACCUUUACUACUCAAGAAACCAUCACGAACGCAACAACUGCACGAGACUGGUUCCUUAAAAGUGCCGGUGACAAAGCUCAUGUCGCCAAACAUUUUGUCGCCCUUUCCACCAACGUGAAAGCGGCCACCGAAUUCGGUAUCGAUAAGGCGAACAUGUUUAAAUUUUGGGAUUGGGUAGGCGGUCGUUAUUCACUGUGGAGCGCAAUCGGCUUGUCCAUUUGUUUGGUUAUUGGUUACAACAACUUUGAACAACUCUUAUUGGGAGCUCAUGAAAUGGAUUUGCAUUACAAGAACACACCCCUAGACAAGAACAUUCCCGUUUUGUUGGCUUUGUUCGGUAUUUGGUAUACCGACUUUCACGGUUGCCAAGCACACAUGCUAUUGCCUUAUGAUCAAUACAUGUGCAGAUUUGCCGAUUAUUUCCAGCAAGGGGAUAUGGAAUCGAACGGGAAGACCAUUACCAAAGAUGGGGAACGUGUCAAUUACGAAACCGGUCCGAUCAUUGCUGGUCAAGCUGGAACGAACGGUCAACACGCAUUCUACCAAGAAAUUCAUCAAGGCACCCGCCUCAUCCCGUGCGAUUUCUUGGCACCUGCCCAAUCCCAUAACCCGUUGGGCCCACAUCAUGACAUCUUGAUCUCAAACUUCCUCGCUCAACCCGAAGCUUUGGCAUUCGGUAAAUCAGAGGAAGAAGUUAAGAAAGAAUUAAGUGCACAAGAUCAACAAAAUUCAUUCUUGGUCAAGUCGAAGAUCUUUGAGGGAAAUCGCCCAACAAAUUCAAUCAUGUUCCCCAAAUUGACACCUGCAGUUUUGGGAGCCUUGAUCGCAAUGUAUGAGCACAAGAUCGCAACGCAAGGUUUCAUUUGGGGAAUCAACUCAUUCGACCAAAUGGGAGUCGAACUAGGUAAAGUUCUCGCAAAGAAGAUUUUACCCCUUUUGCAAGGUGGAGAUGUCUCAAAAGUGGACGGCGCUGGUCAUGAUUCGUCCACGAGCGGAUUGACGAAAUACUACUUGACUCAUCGACAAAAAUGACUAUACAGCAAUCACGCCUCCCGAUUUUGAGAUGAAUGUAGGUAAAUAAAG